AUGCUUCGACAAAUAACGUUGUUUUCCUUGGCGGUGUUUGCCCGCAUCGUCGUCAGUCUGGACUGCGAGGAACUAGCCGCUCAGUGCCAGGAGUAUGGCAAGCAAGAGCGCCUAACCGUUGAACGCUUAAUGAGCUUGAGCAUAUCCUGGCCGUUGACCGCGGAGGCCCUGCGGGAAUACCAGCCGUUGGACGAAGCCUUUUCUUUUGCCGUGUUUUCCAUGCGGCUGCUUUGCAGAUACUCCAACAACACCGGACACUGCGUCCGCAACCUGCUGACCAGUUGCCCGGAAUUCCUCCAGGACAAUCCCAGCGGAUGGUUCGACUCCGAGAUGCUCAUCGCCAAGGGCCGUCUCUGCGCGACGAGCAUCGCCCCGGUCCAGUACUAUCGCGCGCUCAGUCACUGCCGCCAACACGAUCCCACGCUGCAACAGUCCGUCCGCCGGGCCGCGGAAGCGACGGCGAGAGACGAGGUAGAAGACGUCCCGGUCAACAGCCAUCCAGUGUGCGGUCACGUUGAAUAUUGCCACGUUAACGCGGCGGGAAUCGAGGACGCGAGUGGUGAAGCCGGUGCGAAAAUGGCGGCAUACUGUGGCGCGGAGGCCGUGGAGACCCUCCGGGAAUCGGCGGUGCAGAUUUAUGCCGCUCACUGCCUGAACGAGAACGAUAGCGAUAACGCCAUACGUUUAAUCCAGCGAUAACGGCCGACAUUUAGUUAGAUUGCGUUCCUUGCCUGUCACCAGAAAUUCUAUUAUUCUGUGAACAGACAACUAUGUGAACGCGUGUGAAGUACUAGAACUUGGAACUGUCGGAAGUUAAGCAUGAUUCAACGCUGACUAACAGUACAGAUACAAAGGCGCACUUAUAUAAAUUCUUUUAAAGUUCCAGUCUGAACAUUUGCCUGAUUUUCCCUCCCGGAUUUG